UCCUUCCAUCCAUUUUUUUUUCUUAUCUUACUCGACGCCUUAGCCACAGCAAUACCGCUAUUCCAGUCUACAUCCACACUCAUUAGAGGCAGCCGACACACAACUGCUUGUUGAUUCUGACAAUUUGGCUCAGCCUGUCAGCCAGUGGGAACAGUGCUAACUCAAAAUGACUCGAGCCAAAUGAUUCCUAAUGAACUGAAUUGAAUUGAUUCGCUUGGUGUAAACACUGUCACCACCUUAUAACUGCUUGCCGCAAAAUCAAUAGAUAUGUCAUUGCAAUGGCCUACUGAGUACUCCAUAAAGACAUAUGAGAAACUAAUCUGAAGGAAAGACAAAUCUUUGGACAUAAAAGCUUGUAACAUGGGACUGAACUUCUGACUUCAAGUGAUUUAUUAGACAUCGGAUCCCUCCUCCCUUUUCCUCCUCACCACAACUCAGACGUGCCUGCAACCAUACCAGCGCACACUACUACAUGCCUCUCCUCCCCCCUCUACUUCCCAAAAACAAUGAUAGUCAGGUGGCGUCAGCGGAGCUUCCUGUUAUUUUUUUUUUCUGCCAGUGACAACCAUAUCAAUAACAUACACACACACACACACACACACACACACACACACACACACACACACACACAGAAAGAUACCUAACUGUUCACACAUUAACACGCGGAGAUGGAUAUACUUAGGACCAGAGUCGACGGUUAAAAUCUAUGCAUAUGGCUUGUGUGAGAUAGAGUAAGCUGUGGGAUAGAGUAAGCUAACCAAGAGAUGUGGACAUGUGCCAUUAUUUUUUUGUCACAGUGCCAUUCGCUACGCUCGCAUUAUCGUGUUGCGGGGGAGGGCGAUAUCAGGAUCCGGAGGAAGAACGCAUGGCUUAUAACUCCGGUGUGUAAGCUGCAAAUGGCAUGUCUGAAACGAGAUUGAGUAGUGGGAGGUGACUCCAUGCAAGCCGUGCAGUGAGGGCAGUGUGAGAGACAGACAGCGGUACUGAAGGUGACUGCAGCGCAAUGGGGGUGGUGGCGGUGAUGGUGGCGGCACUGCUUGGCAACGUGGUGAUUGCCAUUAACACUACUACUGGCCAGCCGUUCAGGGCAUCACACCAUGUGUGCUCCAAGGUCGAGUUUGCCAUUUACGAAGAUCUGCAGGAAUAUCAUCAAGUAGCAGAGGACGUACUAAAACAGUUGUGCGACACUGGGCGGAGGCACGUCGUUAAGGAGAAGCGACGCCCCAGAGGUGGAGAACAGUUUGCCAUCUUGAAUCUCCACCGUGACGCUUUCAGUGCGACAGUGCGUUGGCAGGAGGGAGAUGCCAAGAACGUGGUGAACGACAGUGACUGGCGGGUGGAUGAGGAGGAAGCCUUGUUCCCAGGGGAAGGGGGUGAUGCUGCUACUGCCACGACUUUCUACCACUGGUACCACCAUGGGCUUCCUAUGUGGCCACUACUAAAUCAAACUUUAAAAAAAACAACUUUUUUCAAGAGGCUUUUUAAGAAAUCUAAGAAACCCAAGUGGCCAAAUUAUGCCUUGGCAACCCCUCUCUACCUCGUACCUUAUGAAAGAAACAAUUACAGAAACGAAAUGAUCUCCAUGAACAAGAUGUUUCACAAAAUGGAAAACAAGAAACAGAAAGUCUUUAAAGACACAGUUCGAUUCAAAACUUAUGUCAAUGAAUUUUGCCGAAAAACAUGCGACACUAUUGAGAAGAACCCAGACAGUCUUAGUAACUGGCUCGUGCCCCUCAUUGACAACAGCUUCACAGGCAUGAUGGCGUCCUUCAUGAAGCAAGAACGUCGCCGAGCCCCAAAAAAGACAAAACUAUCAAAGUGUCCCGAUCAGUUGUAUGUGUUUCUCCUACGCGAGCCGUGCCGGCACGACGCUCUGCUGUUAAAGGAACACAUUGAUACUCUGCUGCACCGCGCGAAUUGUCUCAGCAUCACUAAGCUGGUGGUUGGGUAUUCAGCAAAGGUUCCCCCGUGUGUUUGUUGAAAACACACCCAUGCAGCACAGUGAGACGAAAGCAAGGUGAAUAACUAAUUAGGGUAAAUGUCAGCUUUAUUAGUAACCAAAGUAGGUAAAGGCAAAUAAAAAUAACAAACAGGA